AUGAACAUGAGGUUCAGGAAGAAAAGCAAGAUGAUGAUCAACUUGCAAACUAUGAAGGAAAAGCAAUCGGCAAGGCCCAUGGGUGUUGCCAUGAACUGGCAACACCCAAGGAUUGAUCCUUAUGGAUCUUACGUUGACCCAUAUGGGCAUGGAGGGAUGGAUUACAUGCUUGGGAUAAGUCAAGACGAUCAACAUUUUCUCUCUAGCGGCACCACACGCGAGUACGAGGAGCUAGCGAGGAGGAAGGCGGAGCACAUGGAGGCCGCCGAGCACAUCGCGCCGCAGCACAACCACCCCAUGAAUGCGGUCAGAUCAAGCAGAUUGACAGAAAAGGUUCUCCGUGAACACUUCCACCUGCCUCUUGUCGAUGUUGCAAGAAAGUUCGGAAUGUGCACUACUGCGUUCAAAAAGCUUUGCCGCAAACAAGGAGUAAUGCAGUGGCCUGUUGACAGCAGAAGCACCGCCUGUUCGGGGAAUUCUUCUCCACGCGCUCACGAUGUUCUGAGCAACCUGGCACUGGACGACUCAAGCAGUGUCGGAUCAAACUCUUCUCAACCAGAGGAACGUCAACCUGCACGCUCGAGAAACUCCACUGAGAGAUCAGAGGAGGAAGCAUUUAAUGGUUCAGAAGCCCGCGAUCACCCGUCGCUUAUCGUAAAACCGAGCACCGAGUCAUCAGCGCGACCGGAGAAGUUCGAUUUUUCCUUCGGAGGGGAUUUCAUGCAAAGGAACAUGCCACGAGGGCGCGGGAUGAUGGCAUUCCAAGACUAUCACGAUCCCUACGGUCGCAUGGGGCCUAUGGGGCCGUACAGACCGCGGGAGGGGCCAAUGUUCGGGCCAGGACGAGGCAUCCCGUACCCUCCAACCUCCGCCUACGCACAUCCGAUGCCCAUGGCGGGAUGUGGUACGGAGAUUUUGCAAGAGAUUCUGGGGCACCCGACCAAAGCUUACAUACUGUCGUACGAGCCAUCACAAAAGAGAAGGACGAGUGGGCUCGGAAAUGUGAACGAGCACUGGCUGAAGCCGAACACUUCCGAGAAUCUUGUCAUCAACUGGAGGCGCAACUUCAAGCUCUACAAGUGCAGGGGAGCAACAACUAUCGCCAACGCCAUUGACGAGAUCUCACGUGACGUCAACGAAAGUCCGCCAGAGGACGGGCGAUGCAGUCAAGAUCACCUUGACAUCGGCAGCGCUUGCAAGGAAGAGACUGAGAGGCACCGGGAUGGACCGUCGCUCUCCGCUUCUGACUUGGACGCCGGCAUGCACGCGCCAUGGACCGACAUUCACCCCGAUUGA